UCCUCAGGUCAUUCCCUCAUUCAACCACAACCACGGCCACCACCUGAACUUCCGAAUGAGAUAUUACUCCAAAUCAUUCAGACAUGCCCUCGCCUGACUCUGAAAAAUGUCCGCCUGGCUUCCAAGAACCUAGCUUAUAUGGCCGAACCUUACCUCUGGCGAGAGAUCGUCUUGGUCCCGAAUGACAGCUGCAUCCUCGGUUUCAUCAAGGAAUUGAAGCGCUCCAAAGUCACUCGGCAUGUCACCAAACUCGUAUACGAUGCUCGAUUUGGCCAAUUCUUCACUCAUCUGAAAACCUAUCCGCCUGACCCUGGUGUUCAAUGGCCAGCAGACGAUAAGGCUCGCGUCGAGGCUUUGCUUGAUCGUGUAUCGCAAGGUCGAUUCUACCCUUAUGAAGACAUGGCUUUGGAAGUCGCCAUGCUAUCCAAGGCCUUGAGAAUUCUUCCCAAUACCCGCGAGAUUCGAGUUCGUGACUACGAGGAGAACUCCAAUGCCGUCGUCACAAAAAUUCCUCACUUCUACCAAAAACUUUGCAGACUAUCACGUGUCGACCCAGGGAAAGUCAAUUUCACUAAGAUGGUAGGGAGUAACGGUCGUUCAUACACCAAGGGCAUCAUGACCGCUGCCUUUUCCGCCGGCUUACGGCUUCAAAGCUUGAAAUCGAAAAAUCUUGAUGCACGUGCGCUGUUUGGCGUGGUCCCCAUGAAGUCUUCGGCUGCCUAUCAACAACUCUGCAUCUUCCAGGCGGUCAUGGAUAGCCUUCGCGUCCUCGACCUUUCCUUCCGAAAUGCUUCUUUAAUGAGCACCGCCUGUCACCUCGAUUGUAUCCAGUCUCUUCUGAAAUGCGCCAGAAAGCUCAAGACUUUGACGCUACGCUUGACCGACUACACAACCACCCGGUAUCAGUAUCCCGAUGACGAGCUCUCCUCCGAGUUAAGCAUCCUACUAGAAAGCUCGACUGGCGCUUGGCUGUCUCGACCAUUGCUUCCUAGACUCGAAAAUUUGACCAUUGAAGCUUGCAUCUGUCAUUCCGAGGAUCUCAUUCAUUUCCUCAAGAUUCAUGCGGCCACGUUGCGACGGCUAGAACUGUCCAACAUCACCCUCUUGGGUGCUGAAGACCGUCGUGAGUGUUGGGUUUCAUUGAUGAAAUAUUUCAAGAAUCAAUUAAAACUAUCCCAUGUGUCUUUCAGUGGCUGGCUUACGAAUGGAGGACGUCAACAUUGGUUUGUGGCUAAAGACAGCGUCAGUGAGGACAGGUUGAAGGCCAAGGUCGAACGAUAUAUUGUCGACAAACACAUUCCACUGUGUCCACUUGAACCGCUUGCAAUCCAAGCCAACCAGAGUGACGUGGGAAAGCCAGCAAACGGUAAAGAAUGGGAGGGAGAUAUUACGUGGACCAUGAUCUAUGCUAGUCGAAUGGGUGGUGACCCCAUGGACUGGCAAUUGACUGUCCCCGUCUUUGGAGCCCCCGCGCCUGGUGAGGCAGACCCACCAUCUGCAACCGAAGACGAUGUCCAAUCAAUAACGAGCGAAUUCGUACAGGAAGGCUGGGGGGAGCCC